GCAAGGCUUUUUACCUGGCAGUGGGGCCCAGCUUAGGAGUCGCGGGGGACCUGGGGAACACAAUUUUUGUUGCAUUGACACCUGCAGUUGUUCUUACUUAAUUUUAAUGUGCUGAUUUCAUAUCUGAAGUCGGUUUUGUUCUGUAAGCUCUAGUUUUUCACUUUUUACCAUAAUCUUCGUUAUAAUUCAAUAGUUUAUUAAACACAUAGCCAAAGUAGUACAGUAUGAUUAUAAAUGUAAGUGACUUAUAUAGCAUUGAACAUGACAUGUAUAUCUAUGUACAGUUGAAGGUAUGCAAAAAAAUGUAUUCCCUUGGGAUACAGUAUAUACAAGCUGCUGUUAUUCAGGUAAGAAUAUACAGUACCUGAAUAACAGCACACACACACACACACACGUAUAUACUGUAUCCCAAGGGAAUACAUUUUUGCAUACCUUCAACUGUGCAUAGAUAUACAUGUCAUGUUCAAUGCUAUACAUGUCAGAGCACUGACAGCCGAGCGGAGCAGAGCCCGUCAGAGCUCUGUGGGCUCUUCUGGUGCGGGCGGCUCCGUGUGAGUUCUGGGGCGAGCGUUGGAGUCUGGGGAAGAGCUGCUCGCAGCAGAAGAGCCCGCAGCGCUCUGAUGGGCUCUCCUCCACUUGGCUGUCGGCGGCUCUUCCCCGGAUUCCAACACUCAGCCCCGGACUCACAGCCUGGUGCCCCUGAGAGCCCAGCGCCCAGGUGCUGUGCACCCGUAGCGCCAACGGUUACGUCUUCUUCUUUGGCGAUCACUCAUAGCUGAGUAAGAUUGUCUUCCAUUGUUUUAACAAUGAGUCCGUAAGUGACUGUGGAGGCCAAUUAUGGAUCCACACAUCCUUCCACAGUGGGGACAUUGGUUUCCGGGCAGGAGUUGAUCAUGGUGUGGAUUUGCCAAGCGUGCCUUCCUCUUAGCAUGUUUCUCCCUUGCGUCCUGAGUUUGAGUGUCUUCAAAGCCCAUGAUACCUUUGGUAAAGGAUGUUCCCCAACUGGAGCGCUCGCACACCAGUGUUUCCCAGUUGUCAGUGUUUAUACUACUUUUUUUUUAAUUUUCCUUGAGACAGUCUUUAAACCUCUUUUGUUGACCACCAGCAUUACGCUUUCCAUUUUUAAGUUCAGAAUAGAGUAAUUGCUUUGGAAGAGAUAAUCAGGCAUCCACACCACAUGACCAGUCCAACAAGUUGAUGUUGAAGAAUAGAUACAAAUGUACACAACAUGUAUCUGUGGUACAGCCUUGACUACAAACUUGGCAGCAAUUUAACCCUUCCCCACUAGCUGUAGUUAUGCAGACCUAGUAACUUCAACUUCAGAUUUCUAGAUUCCCAUCAGACACCUGCUUUUCACGUCCUGAAGUUAGCUCAGCUGCAGUUUAUGUGAGUUACUGGCAACAUGCCCAUUUUAUAUUACAAAAUGACAGCUUAUCCAUAUAGAGCAUAGCACAGAUCCAUAUACAAGGGUCUUAUGUCUACAUUGCACAUUUAGACAGCUAAGGAUAAUUCCUAGUAACAGAAUAGUUUUCAAACCCUUCUAACUCCCAUUACCCCUGGCCAUUGGCCAUGUCUGCUUGGGCUGAUGGGAGUUGUAGUUCAGCAAUAUCUGGAGGGCCAAAUGUACCCUAGCCCUGGUCUGGAACAUUUGCUCUGUCUAACCAAAUUUCAACUAAAUUUAGGUCCUUAUUCAAAAUGGUCAUUGAAGUAGAGCAACUAGCUUCUUGUAGGCUGUGCUAAUUAGGCACUGCAAGUUGCUAUCAGUUUGAUCGGUUUCUAUAUAAUUGUAUUAUAAAAUUAUUUAUUCUGGAUAGUUGUUGUUGUUUAGUCGUUUAGUCAUCUUCGUGACCCCAUGGACCAGAGCACGCCAGGCACUCCUGUCUUCCACUGCCUCCCACAGUUUGGUCAAACUCAUGUUAAUAGCUUCAAGAACACUGUCCAACCAUCUCGUCCUCUGUUGUCCCCUUCUCCUUGUGCCCUCAAUCUUUCCCAACAUCAGGGUCUUUUCCAGGGAGUCCUCUUCUCAUGAGGUGGCCAAAGUAUUCGAGCCUCAGCUUCAGGAUCUGUCCUUCCAGUGAGCACUCAGGGCUGUUUUCCUUAAGAAUGGAUAGGUCUGAUCUUCUUGCAGUCCAUAGGACUCUCAAGUCUGGGUAGUACUGCUACCGGUACUCAGCUUCUUAAGUGCUCAUGUGAAUGAACUUGAAUUUUUAUUUCUAAAUUCACAAUACUCUCUCUUUUUUGUAUAUGCCAAUGAAAUCUGUAUUUUUCCUAUGUCCACUGCUGGGAUUUUAAAAACUUUGCACCAGUAAAAUAUGUUUUCAUUUUUUUGCUUAACCCUUUCAUAAACUCCAACAACUGAUGAAGAGCAGGCCAAAUUUGACCGAACAUGGUGGGAGAAAUAAGGAGGCUAUCACGCACACUGCUGGACUGUCAGAAGAAUGAUGAACUGUGUGUUGUUCGAGAGAAUCAGACUGAAGUAAUCAUUGUACCAGUCCUCUUGAUAGGGGUAUUUGUCAUUAUCUUAAGUGUCAUCCUUUGGCUCCAUUACCAGAGCAUAAAGGCAAAGCAGCAGACUUCUCCAGAGUCCAGAGAAGAAGGUCAUGUCCCAGUAUCAGAAAAGAAGAAAAGCCCAGGGAAAACGGUCAGGAUAUCAGAACAUACCACCAUCCAAUUAAAUGAGACAACCAGGAGUUCCUUGCUUAAAACUGCAGCCUUAACCUUCAAGGAGCUGGAGAUUCCACGCGAGAAAAUAUCAUGGGAGUCACUGAAGCUUGUAAGAAAUGGCAGCUUUGGGGGAAUCUACAGAGCAGAGCUGAAGACCAGCAACCCUGGGAAAACUCAGCCAGUCUUAUUGAAGGCCUUGAAAGAGUCUGCCAGCUCCCAUGAGAUUAAAGAUUUUAUGGAAAGGAUUAAGUUUUAUCAGUUUCUUGGUAAUCACGAAAACAUCAUUAAGUUAUUAGGAUGUUGUAUGCAGCAGAUGCCUCUUUACAUGAUAUUGGAGGACGCUUCCAACGGAAAUCUUUUGAACUUCCUUUGGACCUGCCGCAGGGAUGUAGUGACCAUGGAUGGAUUGCCGCUUGAUCUUACAGAGAGACAGGUCUAUAAAAUUGGACAACAAAUUGCGUCAGCCCUGGAUUUUCUUCAGGGGAAAAAACUAUUUCAUGGUGAUGUGGCAGCCAGGAAUGUCCUAAUUGGCGAUGCAUUUACUGUGAAGCUCUGCAGACUAGGACUGGCGUACAGAAGCCAUACCUGCGGUCCCAGCUCCAUCGCACAAACUGUUCCACUCAAGUGGCAGGCUCCAGAGCGACUUCUGAAGAAACCACCCAACAUCAAGUCAGACAUAUGGUCCUUUGGAAUCUUACUAUACGAGAUGAUCACAUUAGGAGCGCCACCAUUUCCAGAGGUUCCCCCGUCUGAGAUCUUGCAACACCUUCAGAGGCAGCACACUAUGAAGAGGCCUUCCAGCUGUCAGCCAGCCAUGUAUAGCAUUAUGGAGGCCUGCUGGCACUGGACUCCAACAGAUCGCCCUUCCCCCACUGAGCUGAUCAGGAGGCUGCAAACAGGAAUCAAGACCAGCAAUGGCCAGGCGGUGCUGCAAAUUCCAGAGCUGGUGGUGCCCGAGCUCUAUGCUGCUGUAGCUGGGAUUGACUUGAGAGACCUUGCCACUGACUACACAGUGUUCUAAAAAGGUGCCUUUUCAUAAUGUACAGAAGGCAGACUCUGAGAAAUGGUAGCUUCUUAAGACUAAUCAAGAAAGGAAAUGGCAUCAUUUCAGUUCACCAUGGAGAACGAAGGAGAAAAUGAAGCUGGAUGUUAGGAAGCCUUUCUUAGUUGCUGUAAUGGAACAGGUGUGCAUUGUGAUAUUAUGCGCAUUUUAUUGUAAGCAUGUCCAACUGACUUCCAUGGGUGACCCGUACAACUGUUCAUAGAACUGUAACUUUAGUAGUAGAAGAAGAAUUGAUAGUUACCCAGGAAACGGCUUCGACUGGCCGGCUAAACCAGGUGAAGGUAGCCAGCCUGUGUGGCUGACCAGGAAAGCCCAAUAGGGCAUAGCUGAUGGGUAGCUUUGCCUUCUUGUGUUAAUCUGCUGACCCUAUGAGCUCAAAGGGGUUUGAUCUCCGUCAGCUUUUCCCAACCUGGUUGCCCUACCUACAGGGGUGGAGGAAGGGGGCCGUGGGGGCGGGCCACCCCGGGUGUCACCACUGAGGGGGGUGACAAGAUGGUGGGCGACACACACCGUGGGGCCUGCAGCAUGCCCAAGCCACGCAUCUCUCCUGGGAGUGACGUAGUGGCUUAGGUGCCCGCAGGCUCCACGCUGCCCCCCAAAUGGUCCGCCUACCACCUCCUCCUCAGCUGUAGGGCGGCUGAGUGGAAGGAGGUAGGCAGACUCCUUGGAGGCCCUGCGGAGUGUCGUGCCCCAGCUCGCCCCGCCCUGCGGGCAGCUGGCCCCACCCCUGGGCACAGGGCAUGCAUGCCGUCUCAGGCACCCAGUUGGAUUGCUCCGCCACUUCCUACCUACAAAUGUUUUGAGCUGCAACAGCUGGCUGGAACUAAUGGAAGUUGUAGUCCAAAAUUUCUGGAGGACAUUAGGUAGGGGAAAGCUGGCUGCAAGUCCCUUUGUUAUCCUGUGGCAGUUGUGGCAUUCAGGCCUUCCCAUGAGCAAUAUGUUUGUCAAGGAAGAGAGAGCGUGUCACCUGGGAGCGGGACUGAUGCUCUUCUCAAGCCAGAUGACAGCAGGUGAUGUGAGGAAGACCAAGGGCUUUGCCACAGCACACAUUGGAGCUAUGCACAGUCACUUAGAAUAGUUCCUGCUUUAUUAGACAGAAACAAAUAUUUAGAAUCAUAGAAUAGUAGAGUUGGAAGAGACCACAAGGGCCAUCCAGUCCAACCCCCUGCCGAGCAGGAAACACCAUCAAAGCAUUCUUGACAUAUGCCUGUCAAGCCUCUGCUUAAAAAGGUAAAGGGGCCCCUGAUCAUCAGGUCUAGUCGUGUCCGACUGGGGUUGUGGCACUCAUCUCGCUCUAUAGGCCGAGGGAGCCGGCGUUUGUCAUGUGGCCAGCAUGACAAAGCUGAUUCUGGCGAACCAGAGCAGCGCACGGAAAUGCCGUUUACCUUCCCGCCAGAGCGGUCCCUAUUUAUCUACUUGCAUCUACAGUUCGAUGUGCUUUCGAACUGUUAGGUGGGCAGGAGCUGGGACCGAGCAACGGGAGCUCACCCCAAUGCAGGGAUUCGAGCCGCCGACCUUCUGAUCAGCAAGCCCUAGACUCUGUGGUUUAACCCACAGCACCACCUGGGUCAAGCCUCUGCUUAAAGACCUCCAAAGAAGGAGACUCCACCACACUCCUUGGUAGCAAAUUCCACUGCCAAACAGCAUUUUAAAUAAUUAAAAUGAGGUUGUUUUUAAAAAGAGUUCCAAACAUUUUGUAUGUGUGUGCAUGCAUGAUGUGGGAGACCUUUCAGCUACAGAUGCACCUAUUCAGUUUUUGGCGCAAAAAUGAACCUGAGAGUAAACCGCUCUGUACCUCAAACUACAAGUCAAGGAGGUGAAAGGGAGUGAGAGGGAGAGAAUGUGCUUCAGAGAGAGGCAACCAAUCCAAAUAUCUAUUCUCUGCAAAAUUAUCACACAGAGAGAGCCUCCAUGUUUGUGGCAGUAUAACUCAGACUGCAUUAUAAGAGAGUUGAGGGUGGGUAAAAAGCGCAAAAUGAAUUUACAUCACAAUAUAAGCCUAAACUAGGAAACACCUGCCAAAAUUACUUGUGAAGGGUUAGCAAUAAUGAGCAGAAUUAUCUGACUGAAUCUGGGUAUUGGGUUGAACAUGGUACUCUGCAAAUUAAUAAGUACUUGUCAGUGGGGAUGGGGAGAAUAAGGACAGGGACAUGAGGAGAAUAUUUCUUUUUAAUGCUGCCGAUGUGCCAUGCCAUUCAGCUGAAAACAUGAAAAUUACGGGCUCCCACCAGCAUGAUGAUAUGGCUCAACAGUGCCACCUGCUGGUCAGUUUCUUGCUUUUAAAAAAUGAGAUCAAGUUGCACAGCUUGUGCCACUAGAAAUUGCUUAGGAGGCCAGAUACAGCCUCUGUGUCGGCCACCCCUGAUUUAUGGAAUCUGUUUCAGUUACUGUGGCCUGAGAAUGUGGUUAGGCCACUUGCAGGGAGUAUGCAAAACACAUACUCCUUUGACCCUUGCCCAUCAUGGCUGGAAAAAAUUAUCAUGCACUACUUGUUUGAUUCAGAAUUGCUAAGUCUGAAUGUCAUGUCCAGCUCCUCCCUGAAGGUGAAGGACUGAUUUCUUUUUUAAGGAUGCAGCUCCAUUCCCAGGCCGUGCUGAGCUCAGUGGCUGCCUAAAUGCCACCUGACACACCUCUGGUACUAUUCUCCCAUAGGUGGCACUUCCCAUGUUGCCUAGGACCAGGAAGAAGAAAGCCAGGUUGCUUACCUGUAA